AAAUUCAGAUUAACCACAAUGGCUGAAGGGUUCUGUCUGGCUGCUGCUUCUAAUGCCGUGGGAACACUGAUGGUGGACUAUCUGGUGAAGCCAAUAGAACGCCGUAUUCGCUACUUAUUUCGUUUUCCUAAGCUUGUUCGAGACUUCCGCCAACAACAAAAUAAUUUGAAUCGAGAACAGACUCGAAUUAAUGAAGAUGUUAAGGAGGCUAAACUACAUAUUCAAACUCAAGUAAUUGGGGACCAUGUAAAUGAAUGGUUGACCGAUGCAGAAAAUGCUGUGAAGGAAGCGCAGAGUAUGGAGAGUAAGAUUGAAGAAAAUAAGAGAUGCUUUUGUUGGUGUCCGAAUUGGAGUUGGCGAUAUCGAUUAGGUAAGGAGAUUGAGAAGAAGACAGAGGUUAUCAGUAAGCUUGUAGAAGGUUCCCACUUCGAACGAAUAGGCUAUCGUGCCGUGCUUCCAGGCUUGGAAUUCUUCACAUCUAAAGAUCUUGUGGCUUCCAAAACUUCAACUGCUGCUUUCAAUAAAGUGAUGGAAGCAUUGAAGGAUGACGAAGUCGACGUGAUCGGGGUGUGGGGAAUGGGUGGGGUGGGCAAAACCACCUUAGUCACCGAAGUGGGCAAAAGAGCCAAAGAAUUACAACUUUUCCAAGUUAUAAAAGUUGUCGUGUCUCAAACGCCGAGCAUUGGAGAUAUUCAGAAAAAAUUGGCAGACUUCUUGAAUAUAAAGUUUGAGAAGACAACCAAGGAAGGGAAAGCAGAGGAAUUAUGGCUUCGAUUGGCAAAAGAAGAAAAAGUCCUCAACAUCCUUGACGAUAUGUGGAAUGAGGUCGACUUGAAAGAGAUAGGCCUUCCUAUAAAAGAAAAAGGGAAAGGUUGUAGGGUCAUUUUGACAACACGUCGCAAGACUGUAUGCGAAGCUAUGGAAUGUCAAAUUACUGUUCCAAUUGAUGUUUUGGAUGGUGAUGAAGCAUGGGCUCUAUUUAGAAUGAAAGCUGAGCUUGAUGAAAGAGUUCCAAGGGAUAUUAUUGAGGAGGCUAAGAAAGUUGCAGAGGAAUGCAAGGGUCUACCGGUAGCGAUUGUAACGCUAGCGAGGGCAUUAAAAGGUACCAAGACUCGUGACGGAUGGGAAAUGGCCCGAAAAAAACUUGCAAGCAGUAGAUUAUUAGAAAUCGGCAACAUUGAAGAAGAAGAAAAAAAUGCGUACCAAUGCAUUAAGAUGAGUUACGAUUACCUCAAGAAAGAGACUGUCAAGAGAUGCUUCUUAUUGUGCGCUGUAUAUCCAGAAGAUCACUCGAUUCAUACGGAAGGAUUGGUGCGAUACGCUUGGGGAUUGGAGUUCUAUGACAAUAUUUACUCGGUUGAAGAAGUGAGGAUUCAAGUCUUGGAAGCCAUUGAUUACCUCAAAGAUUCUUGCUUCUUGUUACAAGAUGAAGAUGGAGCUGGCCAUAGAGAUAUCACAAGGUAUAUUAAAUUACAUGAAGUGGUUCGUGAUGUUGCUCUAUGGAUUACAUCUAAAGAAGAAAGUGACUUUAUGAUUAAAUCCCGUCUUCAAUUACUGAAUGAUAGCCUUGAACCUUGUAAGGCCAUCUCAUUGUUGGACAGUGAAACAAAAAGGUUUCCUGAGAAAUUGGUAUGUCCGAAGCUUGAAUUCCAGUUUCUCAAAAACUGUUAUGUACAAGGUAUAUGUUUUCAGGGGAUGCAAGAAGCUGAAAUUGAAGGUAGAAUUCUUUUUAGUCUCUUUUUUUCAUUUCGGUCUCUUUUUCUUUCUCUUUUAAGAGCUUUUCAAAGGGAUGCAUCAUCCUCAAUGCCUGUGGAUUUAGACGGAAGGGAGGUUCUUGAAAGCUUGGAACAGCUGAGAGUUACAGGCUUUGAACAGCUGCAGGAGGUCUUCCGAGAUGAUGAAGAAAAUGAAGCACCGCCGUUGCUGUCAAAUAUAGAGCAUCUGAAGCUAGAGUCUUUUUCGGAAUUGAGAUGGAUCGUAAAAGUCCCCACUCAUUCCGUCAGCUUCCAGGGUUUAUCGGUUUUAGAAACAAAUGGUUGCAAUCAGUUGAAAUACCUCUUCUCGCUCUCCGCCAUUCAAACCAUAAGGUCGCUGCAAGAACUCCACAUAGUUGAUUGCGAUGAACUGAAGAGUGUUUUCAUGGAGUCGGAAAGUAGCGAUGGUGAUCAAAUAGAAUCCGGCACACUUUACUUGCCAAACUUGAAAACUGUGGUCAUAUCUUCAUGCCCCAACGCUGAAUAUGUUUUCCCACUUGCUUUGGCUGGCGGUCUUCCUUGCCUACAAGAGAUACAACUUUCUGGUUUAGAAAAUCUGAGCAGUUUUUUUGCAGAAAAUAAUAUUGUGGAAGCACCAGCUCUGGAAAUUUUACUAGUACUUGAAUGUCCUCGAUUUACAGUCAUUGUUGAGAAAGAAGCUAACAAGUCUGUGUCAUUAAAGAUAUUUGGAAGGGUUCCAUCCAAUUUACAACAAAUCUCAGAAUAUUAUGCAUACAAUCCUGCCAUCGAUUGA